UCAUCUGAUAAACAAUCAUCAUGCAGUCUACGGUGUGCGUUCUCUUGCUGGCAUCACUGCUGGUGUCAUCCGUGGCAUCGGCCCCGGAAAAAUCGAGCCGGGUGGUCAACCCCUACGUAGAUAUGAAGGUCUCCCUAACCUUCUGGAAGGCGUGGCGCUACUGUGAAAGCCAGGGAAUGCAGCUGCCACAGAUCACUUCGGAUGCGGAGUUCAACAACUUCCGGCUGGCAACCGUUGCGGAUUUGAACGGAAAGUGGUGGACCGGAGGAAUCGAUCUGGGAUCUACUGGGUCAUAUGUGUGGAUCAACAAUGUUAAGUCGGUUUCGAGUCCGAUCGGUUACACCAACUGGUAUCCCGGAGAGCCCAACAACGCCAAUUCGGUUGAGCACUGCAUCGAGAUGACGAAUCAGUUCUGGAACGAUGCUGACUGUGGAAAUGUUAACAAAGUUGUGUGUCAACAGAAGACGACAUGUUGA